AUGGCCAAACCUGUGCCCAGGGAUGGAACCCUCGGGCCAUCUCCUUCGCCUAUCUGGAAACCUACUCAACCGCAAAACAAGAUUCCCAUGAACAUUUAUCGUGAACAUGUCAAUCGAAAAUUCAACCAAAACUUACGCUCGUCACAAGAGCUACAUCAGUGGUCUGUGAACAAUCUGCACGAUUUUUGGAUAGAUCUCCACCAGUACACGGGCAUCAUUCCACCAUUGCCUGCGGGUCUGAUGACUGCAUUUGAUCCCAACACGCCAAUGGAGAAGGUACCUGAGUUCUUUCACGGAGCCACAGUCAACUACGCAGAGAAUGUUGUCACUGGCCGCGACUUGAACAAAACUGCUCUUAUUGGCGUCCGCGAGGGCCAGGAUUUGGGCGGCGAAGUUUGGUCAUGGGGGUUACUACGAGAGAACAUCAGAAAAGCGCGAAGUGCGUUACUACGAUUGGGCAUUCAGGAAGGUGAUCGAGUUGCUGCUAUCAUUUCCACCAGCUUGUGGUCGGUUGGCCUCUUUCUAGCUACCGCGAGUAUUGGUGCGAUUUGGACCAGCAUUGCGCCCGAUCUGGGAGAAGAAGGAUGUGUGUCGCGAUUGCAACAAGUUACACCUAAAGUGCUCUUUGCCGACAGUGACUCCACAUACAAGGGCAAACUACACUCAAACGUGACGAAGAUUCAGAAUAUUCUUCGGGCCAUGGAAGUCAAGCCCACGGUAUUCUUGAUACCUCUUGGUACCCAAGACCCGUGCUUUCCAACUCUUGAUCAGUUCUUGUCAUCAUCGCGACCUAAUGAUCAAUUGGGGUUUAAAAGGUUGCCAUUCUCGCAUCCCCUCUAUAUCCUGUACACCAGUGGGACAACCGGACAGCCAAAGUGCCUGGUACACAGCCACAGCGUGAUAUUACAGCAUAAGAAGACCUCUGUUCUCCACAACUCUCUGACCUCCGAAGAUGUUGUGUUCCAGUAUAGCAGCACCUCAUGGGUGCUCUGGAACAUCAUGAUCGGUCAUUUAUCAGUGGGCCCAACUUUGAUUCUAUAUGAUGGAUCACCGUUGUGGCCCAGCGCAAAAGCAAUGGCGAAGAUUGCCGAGUAUCACCGCGUGACAUAUUGGGGCUGCUCGCCUCGAUACUUGCAGGAGCUUGAAAUGACCCGCUGUAUCCCGAAAGCCGAAUUUGACCUGUCUUCUUUGAGGAUGGUACAGACGGGCGGUUCCCAUUUAGGCGCAGAUCAAUACCACUGGUUUUACCGCGCAUUUCCACCGGAUGUUCAUCUUACCAGUGUGACUGGUGGAACUGAUCUGGUAACCUCGUGGAUUGGAACUGACCCCGCUGGCCCUCUUUACCCAGGAGAGAUCCAACUUCCCAUGUUAGGCCAAGAUGUAGAUGUGGCAGACCCUGUUACGGGUGAAUCGGUGAAGAUGGCAGGAAAACAUGGCGAGUUUGUCUGCCGCCAGCCUUUCCCGUCUAUGCCAGUAUUUUUCUGGGGUGACACCGACGGAUCAAAGUACAAAAGCACCUAUUUCGACAAGUUUGAAAAUUGUUGGGCUCAGCAUGAUUGGGCAAGCUACAACCCUCGAACCAAGGGCUGGCAAAUUCAUGGACGAAGUCCCUGCCCUGGCAGUGAUGGCGUACUCAAUCCGCAGGGUAUUCGCUUUGGAUCUUCGGAUAUAUAUUCCAUCACGGAGUCGGCACCAUUCAACAAGGUCAUCUCAUCAACACUUUGUAUCGGCCGACGCCGACCGCAUGAUUCUGAUGAAUCAGUCUUCUUGUUUGUGGUUAUGCAGCCAGGCCGAAAAUUUACUAGCCAACUCGCGCUUGAACUAAAGGCUGCGAUUCGGAAGGGACUCAGCAGCAAGCAUGUCCCACGAUUUGUGCUUGGCGUGGACGAGAUCCCUAUGACCGUUAAUGGGAAAAAGGUCGAGACUUUGGUGAAAUCUGUGAUUUGCUCUGGAGAUUUGCCCAAAGUCAUCAGCAGCACGGUCGCAAAUCCAGAAUGUUUGGAGCAUUUCAAGCAGUACCAUCAUCGGGAGGCUAUCAAGGACAAUAGAGGCAAGCUAUAG